GGGCUGCGGCAGGCACUGGAGGAGAUGCGGGCGCUCUACGAGCGGAAUCAGGCGGACGUGUCCGAAGCGAAGUCGGGACGGACCGACCUGAUUUUCCUCAUCCGGUUUCGCCACUGCUGCCUGCUCCGAAACCAGCGCUGCGUCCUGGCCUACCUGUACGACCGGUUGCUGCGGAUCCGAGCACUAAGGUGGGAGUAUGGCAGCGUCCUGCCAAACACCAUCCAGUUUCACAUGUCAGCUGAGGAAGUGGAGUGGUUCAAUCGGUACAAAAAGUCUCUGGCUACCUACAUGAGGUCAGUAGGAGGAGAGGAGGGGCUGGACCUUACACAGGACAUAAAACCUCCUAAAAGCCUGUACAUCGAAGUGCGGUGUUUAAGAGACUAUGGAGAAUUUGAGAUCGAUGAUGGUACCACCGUCCUGUUGAAGAAGAAUAGCCAGGUACCCAUGACAGGAGAGUGUGGUCCAUUCUCUUCCUUCCCUUUCACUCUCUUGACAUCCCCUGCUUAUCCCAGCUUCGCAGCAUGUCACAGUUCCUGCACAUGUGGCUCCUUGCACAUGCUGCAAGCUGUCUGCGUGGCCCAGGACUGCGGUUCAGCUCUGCCUGAUCUGGUACCACAAUGCAGCAGGCAUACAGCACCACAGAGCUGGUUGUGUGCAGCAACAAAUCCAGUCUGCCUGGGUUUGAAGGAAGGUUUGUCUGUGUUUCUGUGCAGCACUUUUUACCCCGCUGGAAAUGCGAGCAGUUAAUCAGACAAGGAGUCCUCGAGCACAUUCUGUCUUAAGCGUGCAGGACAGGAGGGACAACCCUUGCUUGGUGGCCUGUCCACAACACGGAAUGAACUCUGGUGCGUGCAGGACUUCAGACAGCUCAGCAUUUCUGCAGUGCCACUCCUCUCAA